GUUCUUUUGGAUACAAUGCUGUACCUCAUUGGAUUAAAUUUUGCACUCAGAAGCGGCGAUGAGCACAGGAAUCUUACAGUUGACCAAUUCGAAAUUGACAAGGAUGACACUGGAGAAUUUCUUCUUUAUUCUGAGAAGACUAGUAAGUGUUACCAGCGUGGACUUAAGGAUUUUGGUGUUCCUCCAAAGUGUGUUCGUGCAUACGCCAGUGACGAUCGUAACAAGUGUGUAGUUGCGAUAUUCAGAAAGUACUGUAGUCUGCGUCCGACCAACUCCCGUGUCAUGUAUUUGCGACCACUGGUGAAGCCCAGAGAUGAUCAGUGGUACAGUCAGCAGGCUGUUGGAAAACACACUCUGCAGCAGACAGUUGGCAAGAUGUGUAAACAAGCAGGCUUUGAAGGUUUUUACAGCAAUCACUCACUCAGAGCCACAUGCGCCACUCGACUCUUUCAGUCAGGCAUUGAUGAACAACUAAUCGCCAGAACAACGGGACAUCGGAGUACCGCUGUGAGAGAGUACAAGCGAGUUAGUACAGCUCAGGAGAAAGAAUCAGCAACGUGA